AUGCCGCUGCACUUUGAGGCCGCGCGCGGGGGCGUGUGGCUCGACGGGAAGCCGUUCUUCCUCAAGGGCGCGAGCUUCUUCGGCAUGGAGAGCGACAUCUGCGUGCCGCACGGACUGUGGGGUGGCGACGACUCCACGACGCUGGCGGCGGUGGCGCAGCUGCUGCGCUCGAACGGCUUCAACCUCGUGCGGAUUCCGCUGGCGGUGGCUGCGGCGGCCAACAACAUCACGGUGGACCGCUACAAGAUGGGCAACGAGACGGCGCUGCUGAAGGCGUUCGAGGGGAAGGAGCUGCGGUACUUGGACGUGCUGGACUACGUGGUGCACGAGCUAGCGCGCCACGAGCUGCUGGUGCUGCUGGACACCCACGUGAUGCAGCCGGCGGGGGCCAUUACUCCUCUGUGGUAUGACGACGCGCAGGGGUGUCCGGAGUCUGUGGUCACCCAGAUGUGGACCACGUUGGCGACGAGAUACGCCGACCAGUGGAAUGUUCUGGGCGGGGACUUGAACAACGAGCCUCAUGGAGAAGCUACGUGGGGCUCGGGCGAUGUCAGGACGGACUGGAAACUUGCAGCAAUGAGGCUGGCUGAGGCGGUGCUGGCAGUGUGUCCGCGGUGGUUAAUUUUCGUGGAGGGAGUGCAGACCACGAGCUGCGAUGCAGGGCACGAGUUGCCGUGCUUUUGGGGCGAGAAUCUGCAGGCGGCGGCUAAGCACCCUGUGAAGCUGAGUGUAGAGCAUCGGCUUGUGUACUGCCCGCACACGUAUGGCCCUGCUGUGUCGUGGCAACCGUACUUUAAUGCAGCGGACUUCCCGAACAACAUGCCGCAGGUGUGGGAUACGCACUUUGGGUUUCUGAAGCAGCAGACGGAAGUUCCGUUGGUCAUUGGGGAGUGGGGAGGGCGCCACGAGAACCCGAAAGAUUGGAGCUGGCAGACCCGGUUUGCCGAGUACGUGCAGCAGAUUGGCGUCAGUGGCGUGGUGUUCUGGUGUGUGAACCCGAACGGUGGUGACACUGACGGAUUGCUACGUGCAGACUGGCGCACGCUAAAUGCGGAGGCUUUUCAGCUGCUGUCACGCUUCACGGGGACACCUUUGCCGUCACAGUCGUGCUGA